AUGGAGUCUUUUCUUCCAACUCCAGUCGUUCCUUCUAAUGCUCCAUUGUGGCCUGAGACCAAUCAAGAUUCUCACAUCCUUAGAGAGCAGUGUGGAAACAGACAACUCGGGUAUCCUCAGACCCAGCACGCCCAGGACUACUACACUAACAUCAACGAUGAUUCGACAUGCGGCUCCGCUGGCAGCAGGCUCUACCAGUCGUUGCAAUUUGGUCGGGCUCGCCCAGGCAAGCCUCUUUUUCCUUGGAUGGCAGGGCUAGCACCAAAGUUCAACCGAGAUCCUCAACGCUUGCUCAGCCAUGGCUCUCGCGGCAGACACCCUGGCUUUGAGCACAUACCUACCGAUGAUCAAGCGAAGGAUCAAGAGGCAGAGAGAAAAGCUAGACUUCUUGCAUCGAGGUUCCUACGGUGUGAUGGCUACAUCAAGUACCGUAAUCGCCAGCCCAAGGAGAAGAAAGGCGGCAAAGAAGAUGCGAAGUGGCCCGAUCACAUAGAAGACACCUUUAUCAUAGCUCUUUGCCGUCACCCUCCAUGCGGCCGCAAGAAGUCCAAAGCUCCCGGUGAACAGAACAAUGAUGAGGCGAAGGCUAUGGGAAGGAAUGAACUGAUAGCUGAUUACAUCCUUCGCCAUACUGGAGAUGUUCGCACCAGAAAGCAAGUAUCGAGUCAUAUUCAAGUGCUCAAACCGUUUGUGCAAAAUGAGCCUUUCAUCAUGCUCUUCCUCGCUACACCUGCCGACAAGGAGUCAGCAGCUACCAAGGCUGCUCGCAAAAAAGCUUCCGUGUACAAUCCCGAAUCGCAGUCACGUUUGAGUUCUCUGAAUCAACGCCGCAACUAUCCCCUACAGACUGGGUUUAAUCUGCAGCCUGGGGAGUUUUGCAUGUUCAUGCGUUCUCGUCAGGGAACUGAAACGUUGCACACAUAUAGUGCUACAGAAGGCUUCAGCCCCAGCAGCUGCUUUGUGCAAACCCAAGCAGAACUCUAUGACUGUUUCCCGGGUCUCGCCAAUGUCCCACUCGACAGCCUCGCCAGAGGUAAGCUCCUUGCCUUACAUGUGCCCAUCGUGCUGCACUCGAAGAAUCUGGUCGGCGAUACCGAACUAGCCAUUCGUUGGGUCUUGAAAGCUCCUGCUCGCAAUCCUCCCGUCACGGUCAGCAGUCGCACGAGACUGUAUCUCAACGGACGACCCAUGUACUGCGACAGAGCGGGCAAUCGCCAAUUUCACGACAACCAGAAUUUCGAGGUGACCGAAGAGAUGCAACAGGACUGGCUCAACUUCACCAAAGACUACGAUGCAGCCGAGGUCGCUGAGAACAGUGAUUCAAUCGAGGUCGACUCCAACGGCCACUAUAGCUCAGGCGGCAUGGUGCAGUACUAUGUUCCUUUCUCUAGCACAUUCUGGGCUCGCUACCUAUAUCACGUCGCCCUGCUCCAACGCCAAGCUUCGGAUCUCGAAACCAGACCUUUACAGUCAGAUGAAACCACCGAACAUCGUCAAAACCAGCUCUCCAAGAAAUGUCUAGAGUUUUCUUCGGCUCUGGGCGAACUUACAGCUGUUCAAGAGAUCAUUGCAAGGACAGAGCUGGGCGAACCUCAAAUUGUUAUGACUGUCCACUUUUCGUUCUCGCAUGCGGCAAACAAGGAAAGUGCAGUGACGACUUGGCAGUAUCUGGACAUGGCAAGCGCGUUUGAUGAUGCAAUUCCCCUGUCUGCAGGAGGCGUGAGUCAGAUCUCGCAAUCUGCUAGUGACAGUCAGGAAAGUGCUCUCAGCGUUCAAGACACCUAUCCCGGAGGAAGCCACGACUAUGGUAGCUUCGACUUGUCCACUAUCAACGGCGGCCAUCAUUACCCCGAUCCUUCGCACAAAGGCGCGAAUGUGUUGGCUUCACCCAUUGAUCUGCACGAUACACAAGCCACAGCUGGUUACAACACCUCCUGGCUAUUGCCUAGCUCGACAUCUGAUCUCGAACAUCUUGCUUCCACGGUUCUCGACCCUCUGCUGCCGCACAACAGUCAAUCGAAUCUGCAACAGCACAAUCUUCACGACGUAAACUCUUUCGACUCUAGCAGUGGAAACGUUUCCAUCUCUCUCGAUAGCCCGGCUCUAUCGCCCCAUCAAUCUCUUCCCCAGUCCUCUACUGCUUCAUUCUCCGCAAUCGAUGCCCUCGACCUCGAUCUUACCGCCACAGAUCCACUACUAUUGCAACCUUCAAGAACAACAACGCCAUGGCUGCAGAGCUCUACCGCAACACCCACCGACUACGCCGCUAUAUUCAGCCAACCACACUCCCCCGCUAUGGCCGCAUUCCCUGAUUACUCCACCAACACCGGAGCAGCAGAUCUAGCCGACCACCUCGCUGCUGCCUCAGGCGCCAUGACCGAUACCUUUGACGUCAACACUCUACCCGCCUGCUUCACUCUAUCUUCCCAUCAAGCCUUUGCCGGCGCAGGAAACGGUACUUCUGAUCUCGACGCCACCUCUCGCCAGCACGGUUUUUCCGCCGUUUCCGAAGAUCCAGAGACCGCCGGUGGUGUAGUGCUCGAUCACCACUUUUCUCCCUCACAACAUCAAAGCUUUGGGUUCACCACUAAGCAAGAGGUUUCGCACGAAAGCUUCCAUCUGCCGCAAUCUCAACAAGAAAGUUUUGACUCGACAAGACAGGAUUCUUUCGCUACUGCUGCAAGUCAGAAUGAUGGCUUUGGUGGUGGCACUGAUACGCACGACUUUGCGCGUUCAUUCGAUGUGGGCGAUCAUGCGGAUCCCUUUGAUAUCGGUGAUUUGAGAGGUGGCUGUCAGAGUCAGCCUCAGAGUCAGAAUCAUAGGGAGACGUGGAGUGGUGCUGGGUUUUGA